AUGUCCCCUGACCACGAGAAGCACCAGGGUGUUACUGCCGCCGACACUGCCUUGGAACACCACCACCCCACUCUUUCUGGUGACGAUGAGAUACAAAUGCAUGAGCACGAGGUCACCCGACUCGACCAGAUCGUGACCCGCGUCCCAAUAAGGACUUGGCUGGCAGUUGUUUCCAUGGGUUGGCUCUACAUUGUGUCUCUGGCUACCUUCCUCUGCCUGGUCCCAGUCAUCACCAUCAUCAAUGAAGAUGUUGGGCCCAGUCCCGAAUACAGCUGGAUGGCCAAUGCAUGGACUGUCGCUGCUGGAACGGGUAUCAUCCUCACGGGUGCACUCUCUGAUCUCGUCGGUCGAAGAUGGUUCAUCAUCGGGUGCGGCAUUGCUGCCAUCAUCGGGUGUAUUCUCGGCAUCACUGCACAGGACAUGACCGCCGCUAUCGUGGCUUUCAUUUUCCAGGGCCUGAACCAAGCGGGCUGUCUCACCACGUUCGCUUGUAUCGCCGAGCUGGUGCCAACGCGAACACGAGGCAUCGUCAUCGGCAUCAUCAGUCUCGGCUCUGCUGGCUUUGUCAUGUGUGGCUCUCUCAUCGGUCAUGCCGUAUCCUUCAACACCGGCCCGAAGUGGAGGACUAUCUUCUGGAUGUCUCUGGCCUGCAAUAUCGUCGGUACAGUGGCCGUGGCCGUGACCUAUUUUCCAGCGCGGGCACUGGCGCGGCCUGCUGGCAGCAGAAGGGAAAUCCUGAAAUCCUUCGACUACAUUGGUAUACUUGGUAUCAUGAUCGGUCCGACUCUCUUCCUCAUGGGAAUCUGUUGGGUACCAGAGUAUGGCGCGACAAGUGGACGGUUUCUGGGGCCGUUCAUCACGGGCUGCAUCGUCAUCAUUCUCCUUGGUGUCUACGAAGCCAAAUGGGCACGGAAUCCGCUGCUGCAUCCGUAUCUUUUCCGCCGCAUCCGCACCUUCACUCUGAUUCUCAUCUGCGCCGGCGUUGGCGGCAUGUUAUUCUACUCUCUCCAGGUGUUCUGGCCAACCUACCUCACCCUCAUCUUUGAGGGGAAUAGUUGGUCAAAGGUCGGCAUUGAUGGCUUUACGUUCGGCAUCGGCACGAACUUGGGCGGCUCAGGGGCAGCAAUAUUGUUACCUUUUCUUGGACCCAAAAUCGGCACACGGAACAUUCUGAGCUUUGGAGUCCUGCUGCAAGUCCUCUUCAUUCCGAUGAUGUGUCUGGUUGACGAGACUCGCAAGUCCAUGGCGCUGGCCUUUUCGUUCAUGGCUGGAAUUGGCAUCGGCAUCAUUGAGCUGCUCACCAUCCUCCUGGUACAACUGGCGACACCGGACGAAUGGAUCGGUUUCGCGACCGGUGCACUCGGCUUGGUACGCAGUAUGGGUGGCUCCGCCGGCAGUGCCAUCUACCUCACCAUCUUUCAAGACCGAUCUGCAGCGCUCGUUCCGGAAUACGUAACCGCCGCAGCCAUCGAGGCUGGUCUUCCUGAAGACUCGCUUCCGGAGCUGCUCGGUGUCCUGACCGGCGUCGUCACCGACGUCCCACUCACCUCGAUACCAGGCGCGACAUCCACAAUUCUCGAGUCGUCCGCGCUGGCUUUGAAAAAGGCCUAUCUGGCUUCCUUCAGAUAUGUGUGGCUUACCUCGAUCCCAUUCGGUGUCAUUGCCUUCUUCUGUGCCGUCGCAACCAAGGAUCUGUCUCACCACUUGACCAAGAAGGUCGCACAACACAUGACAUAUGAUGAGAAGCCAGGGGGCGGCGGAGAAGCAGCAGCCACUCAUGAGGAGGACAUCAAGGCGGCCGAGUGA